GCGCACCCUGACACCGUCGACAUCGCCUGACAUCGAUUUCACAAGCCCAUGUCGAAAAGCAUGUUCCCAAAGCUGUCGGAGGAUUAUGCGAAAUUCAAGCGCUAUGUGAAAUGGCUGUACCAUCUCUACGAGCUGAACACACAGAUCGCCAUUUGUGAGCCGUGGGAGAAGGUGUUCCUCAAUGUCCUUCUCGGCAGCUUCGUCUCCCUGAUCCUCUACGCAUCCUUCGCCUUUGUGCCGGGCUAUUGUGUGACGGUCUUCCAGCUUUUGUGGCCCAAAUCGAGCAUGCACAAUCUCACCAGCGUUUGCAACACGAGCAUUGAGGGCUUUUGCGGCAACGAAAGCGGAUCAGUAAUAACAUAAUCUUAGUGUAGCUUAUCUUAAUCAAUAAAUAAUUUAAA